AUGAGCAGUGCUUGUAACACGUUGGCACGGGAAUUCCUGACGGAUGUACACCAGCUUUGCAAUGCUGUGGCCCAGAGGUCUGAGGGUGAUGAAGAAGAAAGCCACAUGGUUGUUUUAGGAGAAUACCUCGUUCAAGGUCGAGGAUACCUACUACUUAGCACGCUGGAUUCCAUAAUUGACCAGCAAAAUGAGAAACUUUCAUCAAAACCCUACUGCAAGAAUAUGAGAAGCAGCGAUAACAUUUCUGUUGUUGGUUCUAGCAAAAAUACUCUUGGAGUGCAGUACAGAAUUGACUGCAGGGAAGAACUUCUUACUCUUUUGCUGUCACUUCUCCCCCUUGUUUGGAAGAUACCUGUUCAAGAAGAGAGAGCUCCAGAAUAUAAUCUAUCUGCAUUAGAAGACCUCUUGUUUACCAAAGAGAGCAAGAAUCCUAAAUCUCAGGAAAAGCCAGCUGGCACUCCAGAUGGAAGCUCUGUUUGUUCUGCUCAGGUACCAUCAAGACUUAGCACCAGCAAUUGGAAAACCAGGCGACAACGUAAAAGCACCCAACGUUAUUCUUUGAAGGAUGCCAGAAAAACCCAGCUUUCCACAUCAGAUUCUGAGGUCAAUUCUGAUGAUAAGAGUUCAGUCAUGAUUAGACAAAGACGACAGCAGACUUUACAUCCAUUUGUAAUGAGCCAGCAAAGAGAAGACUAUGGGUCCUCCAGGGGAAGCCUUCUUCCAACUAUAAGCGUUGAAGAGAAUAGAAAGAGUUUAGAAUGUAGUGAUCAAUCUAUUCCUUUACAAGAUUUGGAUAUGGAGGUGUUGACUGACUCAGCAGCAUUGUCAAUUUUAAAUAAGAUGGAAAAUACUCCAUUUGAUCUCUGUCAUGUUUUGUUGUCUUUAUUAAGAAAAGUUUGCAAAUCUGACAUGGCCUUAAAUCACAAUCCAGCAUUAGCAGCAAGUGUAGUGCCUACAUUAACAGAGUUUUUAGGUGGAUUUGGGAAUUGCUGUAAUGGUAAUGUACCAGAAAAGGAAGAAGUAGCUCCAGGCUGGACAGAAGAACCGGUAGCCUUGGUUCAGAGAAUGCUUUUAAGAACUGUAUUGCAUCUGAUGUCAGUUGAUAUUAAUUGCAGAGAUAAUAUGCCAGAUACGCUAAGAAGAAAUAUUACAGAUUUGCUUAGGGUAACAUUAAAGAUCAAGAGUUGGGUUGAAAAACAACCUGAUCCUUUUGCCCCGAGGCCAAAGACAACUCUGCAAGAGGUCAGGGAAGACUUUUCUUUCUCAAAGUCUCGCAACAAAGAAUUGCUGGUGCCGGAAUUACUUGAAGUGGUUUUACAAAUCUUAAUUUGUACGCUGCAAACAGCAUCCUCAAAUCCCUUCUUUUUCAGUCAAGCCAUGGACCUCAUUCACGAAUUUACACAACAUCACGGCUUUGAGCUGUUUGAAAGUACGCUGCUUCAAAUGGAAAAGUUAGUCACAAAGGAUGAACCAAAGUUUAGUGAGGCAGCACAGCAUAUCAAAACCCUGCUCAAUAGUAUCAUGAAAAUAAUUAGCACAAUCAAAAAAAUUAAAUCAGAGCAGCUUCAUCAUUCUGUCUGUACACGCAAGCGACACAGACGAUGUGAAUAUUCUCAGUUCAUGCAUCACCACAGAGACCUUUCUGGCCUCCCAGUGUCAGCAUUCAAGAGUCAGCAGUGUAAUAAUCCCUUUGAGGAGACAUUGGAUGGAGAAAUAUGUUAUCCUGAACGUUGUUGCUGCAUUGCAGUUUGUGCUCAUCAGUGUCUACGUAUGUUGCAGAAAGUUACCUUAAACAGCACCAGUUUGUGGAUUUUAUCAGGUAUUCAUAAUGUGGGAAUUUGCUGUUGCAUGGACCCAAUGUCUGUUAUUGCCCCCAUGCUUUAUACCAUAAAAUCGCAAACUUUAAAAGCCUAUCAGCAGCGCAUCUUGAGUAUUCUGACUAAGUUGAUCCUUGAGCAACUUGGGGGUGGAGAGGUUUCAGAAAAAAUUAAACAAGCAAGUUGUAAUAUCUGCACUGUUGACAGCGGCCAAGUAUCAGAUACUACAGAAACUCUGCAAGGUGGCCUCACAGACAUCAGCCCUCCAUCUAACCUUACCAGUCCUAUUUAUAGAUCAGAAGGUAUUCUGCCAACUGGAGGAUCCCACAACAUAAUGUGGAAGUGGGAGGCCUUGGAAGCCUAUCGAGAUCUUCUCUUUAUUGAUGACGGGCAAUUGAGUACACAGGUUGCUGGCCAUAUAUGCCAAUUGAUCCAAAAAGGAAAUGCUGUAGUUAAGUGGGAGCUUUACACACGUAUCUUCAAUUCUGUCCUUCAAAGGGGAGUGGAACUGUCUCAUCACGCACAGCAACUAGGGGUAACGACAGCCUGUACUCAUGUGUGUAGCUAUCAUAGUAAAUGCCUGUCUCAAGAUGUCCUUCAGCUUCACCUGCACACAAUUCCAUCACUGUUUAAAUCCAGGGUAGUCAGAGAUCUAUUUUUGAGCUGCAGUGGAUUAAAUCAGAUGACUGAACUAAUUUAUCUAGACUCUGUUAGGUCCUGCGCGCUGAAAGUGUUUGAAACCUUGAUCCUGUGUCUUGGCGAUCAGAAGAUUGAUGUAACAAUGCAAGGUCAGGAAAGAAAAGAAGAUGAGGAAUCUGUUUUGAAUCCCAAUGACACUACAGAUACCCAUCAAAAUACCCUGCAUAAAAUUGAGAUGCAGCAAAGUCUGAGUAAGUUUUAUGCUGAACUGAAAGAAUCGUAUCCAAAAAAGAAAAAAUCUAAAACUACUGAUACUCAUCUAAAUGUAAUAAACUUAUUUCUUUGUGUUGCAUUUCUGUGCGUCAGUAAAGAGACUGAAUCUGAUCGUGACUCUGCCAAUGACUCUGAAGAUACUUCAGGUUAUGAUAGCACAGCAAGUGAACCUCUGGGUAACCUACUUCCCCACUUAUCACCCGACAGUGUUACUUUACCUUCAAAAGAGCAGAUAAGACAAGCAUCAGAUGUAUGGUCUGCUUGCCGUUGGAUCUACCUGAACAGCGUAGUGUUUCGGAAACAGUUCUAUAAACUUGGUGGCCUGGAGGUAUCUCGAAGACUGAUGGUGAUGAUUAUUCAGAAGUUGUCCAACAUAAAGAAAGAAAACAAAAAUAAUAUAGUUACAUGUUGUGAAAAUCAAAAAGAAUUAAAUACGGAGUCUUCUAAAUCAAGUUCAGUGAUUACACAAGAUUUGUCAGACGUCAAUACUAAUGAAGAGUCUUUUAAACCAGAGACUGAAGAUAUUGAAGAAACAACGAUUGCAGGCCAGUUGGAUGAGCAAGGAGUUUCACACCGUUUUACUUCUGAAGAUGAUGUAACAGCCAGAGAGUGUGAUCUUCUCAGGGUCCAGGACCAAAGUAAAACAUCAGAUGAGGAAUGGGCACUCCAGAGCAUCAGGCUGUUGGAAGCUUUAUUAGCCAUCUGUCUUCAUGCUUGUAUUUCUGCUGAGAAAGAUUCAGAGUCACCUUUACCGGACUUUUCUGUGGAUGAGCUCCUGAUUGAACUGCGAGAUCUCCUGGUUCAUGCUGCUAUUGUUGAUUCUCAUUUGGCUAUGCCUCUCUUUGAUUCCUUACAACACGUGUGUUUGGGAGGAAGUUCUAUGGAUGACUAUUCUGCUGAGCAAGAAAGAAAAAAGCUGCAGAAGGUGAAUGGUGAGUCAGUUUUACAACCAAGUGAUCUUUCAGAAGAGACUGAAGAACCACAGUGUUACAACAUCACUCUUUUUGCAGAAGAGGAAGGUUAUGAGGCUGAUAGCGAAAGUAACUCAGAGGCUAGUACAGAUGACGAAGAAGCAGGUGUGAAGCCAGAAGUUUCAUCCUUGGCUCAAUCAUCUAGUUAUUUCUGUAGUACUGCUGAGGGUACCAUAUCGGGAGAACUAAUGUAUCCUGAGAUUUGUAUGUUGGAGCUUAACCUACUGGCUGCCAGCAACCCUAGCCUUGAUGUUCUAAAUCAUGUCUUCAGGAAUCUGCUCGAGGUUGUUCAGCGGAGUGAACAAAAUGCUGCAGCCAUCUACCAACAGGGAGCUGUAAAAACUAUUCUGGGAGGUUUUCAAAAUAUAUUAAACCAGUCAGAGACUUCUUUAGAAGAGAGCCAAAGAGUACUCAUGGAAUUAUUGGUGACUUUAAUCAGUUCCAGACUGUCCGCAGAAGAAUUGUCUGUUCUCAUGAGACUAUUUUUAGAGAAGAGUCCACCAACUAAAAUACUGCUAGGAGGGAUUCUGAAAAUUGUGGAAGCAAAUGUGGAUGCAGUUCCAAUGCAGUUUCUCACUUUUCCAAUAAUACUGAGCCCUAGUGCCUGCAAUAAUGUUUCAGCUAUGCAGAAACUUGGUAGCUCUCCCAGCUGCAAGAGCUCGAACCUUCUGAAGCGGUCGAAAUUCCAUCACGUCAAAAGAGAGACAAAAUCUGAGGGUUACGGUCACCAGUUGGCGUCACCCUGGCAUGUGGCCCCACUCCAUGUACCUGUUUUGACCAACAUAUCAGAUGGCUUCAGUGUUUCUCUGUGGAUGAAAGUAGAAGUUACCAGUAACCUGGAAGGAACAACUGAGAGAGCCAAAAAGCAAAAACGAAAUAGGCUAAAUAUUUUCAGAGGGAGUAGUGUUGCCAGUACUGAUGGUGAAAAAGCAAUGGGCACGGAUUGCUAUGGUACUCCAAAUUCUGAUGAUAAGUUGGUUGAAGAUGGCUGCCUUCAUGUGAUUUCAAUGGGCUCCAAAGUAAUGAUGAUGCAGGUCUGGACUGAUUUAACCAAAGGUCGCUUCAUCUUUAGAAUUUGUAUUGAUCCAAAUGAUGACAUGAAAGCAGGCCUGCUGGCUCAAGCUGAGUCACAGGAAAAUGUGUUAACUCCAGGUAAAUGGCAACAUUUAGCACUGACCUAUGUGCAACAGAUGGAGGACAAGAAGAAUGCUCGUGGCAAGCUUUUGCUUUGGGUUUCUGGCCAAAGAAAGUCUGAGGUUGCUUUAGAUUACACCCUUCCUCGAAAGACCAGCCUCUCCUCUGACAGUAAUAAAACCUUUGCAAUGAUUGGCCAUUGCACGGUUUCUCAAGAAGAUACUAUCAGAUUGGCUGGCAGAUGGGAUAUUGGAAGCUUGCUUCUCUUCAAUGGUGCCGCGAUAGGACCUGAAGAAGCUUAUUAUUUGUUUGUCUGUGGGCCUGAUUUUACUUCUAUUAUGCCCUGUAAAUAUGGCAACUCACAACCAAAUUACUCGAAGUAUGUUAACGUGGAGAUUCUGCAGUGUGAUCAAAUCAAAGAGUUACUCAUGAAACACAAGAAAGUGGAUAGUGGACCACUGGUGGAGAGUCUUGCCAUUGUUUACAAUCCAAGAUGUCCUGCUCAGUACACUAUCUAUGAGCCAGUAAUUCGACUCAAAGUUCAAACUAAAACUGUAUCAUCGCAGAGACCAUUCAGCUUGAAAGAUGUGCUGAGUAAUGUGCUGGAGCCACAGCAACUGAAGACCUUGAAGGCUUCAGAGCACCAAGAACUUCAGCGGAUCUUGCAUGAAAUUGGGGGAACUGGUACAUUUAUCUUCCUAUUUGCCAGAGCUGUUGAGGUUAGUGACUGUGAGAAGACUCAAGCUCUAGCACUGCAGAUCGUACUUACUUUAGCUAAGUACAGUCAACAGAGGAUUCAAGAAAUGGAGAGUUGUCAUGGCUAUGCUAUGAUUCAUCAAGUGCUAAUCAAACCAAAAUGUAUUGUAGGCUUCCACGUGUUAAAGACUCUACUUGAUGGAUGUUGCAGUGCUCCAGUCCUUAAAUUUAAUGAACACAAAGAUCAAUUUGAAAUUGACAUGGAAUCCCAUGCUGUGGUCCAGGACGUGAUGCUUCUGUCAGAAUUACUGUUGGAUUGGAAGAUCUGGGCUAAUGCACAGCGUGGUGUCUGGGAGACUUUAAUGGCAGCUCUUGAAGUGCUCAUUCGAGUCGAUCAUCCAGAGCAGAUGUUUAAUAUCAGACAGCUUCUGAAGGCUCAAGUGGUUUAUCGAUUCCUUUUGACUUGUCAAGUUCUUCAGGAACAUCGAGAUGAAAGCCUAACUUCUAUUCCUCGGGAGGUAUGUCGAUCAUUUGUGAAGAUCAUUCAGGAAGUCCUUGGAUCUCCACCAGAUCUGGAGUUGCUGCAACUGAUUUGCAACUUUCUGUUGGCAGUGCAUCCUCCCACUAACACUUAUGUUUGUCAUACUCCACAAGGGUUUUAUUUUUCUCUUCAUAUAGAUGGUAAAAUCCUCCAAGAAAAAGUCAAAUCAAUCACACACAUGAGAUAUUCCAACAGUGGUGGAAAGUCUACUAGAAGUCUUAGCUUUUCAUCUAUAUCUCCAUCUGCUUUUGACGCUUUGCCAACUGAUGAAGACAAAGCACAAGAUAAUACGUUACACAGUCCACAGGCGAGGCACGAACAACACUCCAAAAGUCUGCCAUCCACCCCUUCUACCUCACCACAAAUACAAAACCAAAAAUUAACCCCAAGAAGAGAACACAGCUUUGAUGACUUAAGAGAAGUCUCUGAGUGUGAGUCUGACUCUCGCAAUCAAGGGAAUCCUCCCAAAAUGGACAGCAUAGAAACCUCGAAAAGGAUGCAAGAGGAGCUAUACCUUAGCAGCUGUGAGUCAGCAAAAACCGUGUGCGAUUCAGAAAAGGCAACUUCUGCACAAGAUGAUGCAGUUUGUCCUGUAGGAGAAUGCUUGAUACCUGCAGUGGAGUCGGUUAACCAAGCAAAUAUUGUCUCCAAUCAAGGUGGUGAACCUGCUUCAGAUGAUGGCAACAGCAUUUUAUCUUGUUUGGAAUUGGAGUUGAAACAAGAAGGAAUGGGAGAUGAAGCAAUAAAUCGCCCAGAUAGCCUUAAAGGGCUUCAGACAUUCCAAAGGAGUCAUAGUAAUUUUACUAGUUUGGGAUUAGCAUUUCCUUCCCAAAAUGGAUCUCUAGUUAUGGCGCGUUGGCCAAAUAUUUCUGAGAAUAAUUUGAUUCCUGAAGAAUGGGAGAGUUUUGGUGUUUCACCAAUUUAUGAACGACCUUACAAUCAAACUGAUAAUGCUGCAGAAAGAUCUGUAACAGAGGACUGCCUGAUUCUGAUUUGCUGUGGAUUAUAUGACCUUUUGCGAGGGAUCCUACUUAUUUUGCCAGAUCUAAUGAUACCCGAUGUGAUGGACAAGUUGAUUCACCCUGAAGCACUAAUAGUCCUAAUCAAUCAUCCGUCACCACUUAUUCAGCAAGGAGUUAUUAAACUGUUGGAUGCGUAUUUCACCCGAGCGUCAAAGGAACAAAAAGAAAAAUUCUUGAAAAUUCAUGGAUUUUCAUUGUUGGCAAAUCAGUUAUAUCUUCACCAAGGGACUCAAGAGUUACUAGAGUGCUUCCUUAAAAUGCUGUUUGGCCACACAGUUGGUCUGGAUGAAGAGUUGGAUCCAGCAAUUAUGACUGACAUUGAUCCAUUCCAUAAAAGGUGCAUUAUUCCUAUUUUGGGUCUCAUUGAAAACUCCCUGUAUGAAAAUACACUGGUCCACAAUACCCUGUGCGUCCUACUUCAGCUUCUGAAUGCUUGCUCCAAAUUAGCUGACAUACUACUUGACAAUGGCCUACUCUACGUGCUGUUUAAUACUUUAGCAGCACUAAAUGGACUAGAGAAUGGCAUCCCAAUGAGUGACUACAAGUUGCUGUUAUGUGAUAUUCAGCAGCUCUUAGUAGCAGUUACUAUCCAUUCCUGCAGCUCCUCAGGUUCACAGUAUUUUCGCAUAAUAGAGGAUUUAAUCUCGCUGCUUGGGUACCUGCAAACCAGCAAGAACACAAAGACAAAAGAAAUGGCUGUUGCACUGCAGUUUCGAGUACUUCAGAGCGCCAUUGAAUUUAUAAAGAGCACUGCCAAUCAGGAUGUCCAGAAUCUGAGCAGCUCUUACCAUUUGCCUGCAACACAACACCAUGCAAUUCAUCAGAAAAGGAAAAGUAUCGCUGGUUCAGUUGCAAUGAAAGAUUCCAUAAUUCCACGACUGCCAAGACAACAUUUCUGCUCGUAUGGGCACCUUCCGAUGACUUUUUCAUUCAACCCAGUAAACCAGGAUUCUCCCGUUCAGUCCCCAACUGGAUCCACCUCUUAUACUUUUCCUACAGAAGCAGGCCCUCGUAGAUUUUCAGCUGCUCGGUCGGAUAGCUUGCUGAUGAGAAUGCGAUCAGUAGCCAGUGAUGAACUCACAGUAUUAAUGCAGAGGAGGAUGAGUCAUGAGAACCCUAUGAGAGCCACUGAGACUGAGUUCAUACAGAGACUGCAACGACUGACUGUUUUAUCUGUGAAUAGACUGAUUUAUCAAGAUCUUGAUCCUGGCUUUCUGGAUUUAUUGAGCACGUCCGAAUGUCCACAUUAUAAAAGACAGCAAGCCUUUCCAUCUGAAACCUCAGAAAUUUCAGUAGUACAACAGAGCAAUAACAUGAAAACAUUUCAAAAAGAAAUGCUGAAAUUAAUGGUUGAAGGAAUUAAAAUAUCAUUGGGAGUAAGUAGAAGUAAUCCUCCAAGGCAACAAUGGAAGCGUAUGCUUUGGUCCUGCAGAGACACAUUCCGGUCACAGUUGGGUCGACUGCUUGUACACAUUCUGUGCCCUUCCCGCCCACUGGAGGAGAGAAAAAUGGGUUUAGAAAUAGUUUAUGAACCAAGUUAUCAGGAGAUUCUGCGGGAGUGCCUUGGUCAAGCUCUGGAGCAUGGACCCAAACUGGCAUUGUAUCUGUACGAGUUAAUCCAUGAUCACAAGGAAGCCUUGUCAAAGGAAGAGCAAUCUGCUGCAGGGAAUUUUAUGACCUCUUUAAAGCUUUGUGGUCACAAGUGCAUUCCUCCCAGUGCGCCACCCAAGCCAGAUCUUCUUAAAGCAAUCAAUGAGGAGCAAAAGAAGUAUGAGAAUGAGGAAAGCAUAAGUAAAACUGCCUGGGAAAAGAAAAUGGCGACUUCUCAACAGAGCCUUCUUCAACGACUAGAUACAAAGUCAAAAGAUAUUUCCAAAAUAGCUGCAGAAAUCACUCAAAAUGUAUCUUUUCAGCAAGGCAUAGAGAGGAAGAAAGUGAUUCAGCACAUCAGGGGAACAUGCAAAAUUGAUUUAAGUGCUAGCAGGCACUGGCAAGAGCUUGUUCAGCAGCUAACACACGACAGGGCUAUAUGGUACGAUCCAGUAUCUUACCCAACAUCAUGGCAGCUGGAUCCAACAGAAGGUCCUAAUAGGGAACGUCGACGUUUGCAAAGAUGUUACUUGACUAUUCCCAAUAAAUACCUUCUUAAAGACAGGCGGAAACCAGAUGAGCCACCUAAGCAACCUUUAUCCUAUUUAUUUGAAGAUAAAACACAUUCUUCUUUUUCGUCAACUGUGAAGGACAAAGCAACAAGUGAAUCGAUCAGAUCCACUCGAGCAUGUAUCAGUGUUGCACCUUCUCGAGAGACAUGUGGUGAACUUCUUUUAGGAGGGUCGGGCAUGUACUUUGUUGAGGAGAGUGUUACUGAUUCCUUUGAAAAUCCACAAAAUGCGUCAUCAAACCAUUGGAGUACUACAGUGGAAACUGAACCAGCAUCAUUUUCUUGGACGUAUGAAGAAAUUAAGGAGGUUCACAAACGAUGGUGGCAGCUGAGAGACAAAGCGCUAGAAAUUUUCUUAACUAAUGGCAGAACUCUUCUUUUAGCAUUUCAAGAUACAAAGGUUCGUGAUGAUGUUCACCACAGCAUCCUAACUUGCAGUCUACCAAAUUUAUUGGAGUAUGGGAACAUUUCAGCUCUGACCCAUUUGUGGAGCACAGGACAGAUAACAAAUUUUGAGUAUUUGACUCAUCUAAACAAGCAUGCAGGUCGCUCCUUUAAUGACCUCAUGCAGUAUCCAGUUUUUCCUUUCAUACUGAGUGACUAUUCCAGUGAAACACUGGACUUGCAUGAGCACACUAUAUACAGAAAUCUUCUGAAACCGAUUGCAGUACAAUCUAAAGAAAAAGAAGAUCGUUAUGUAGAAAACUAUAAGUAUCUGGAGGAGGAAUUUCGUAAAGGAGCUCAAGAAGAUGACCCAAUGCCACCUGUACAGCCGUAUCACUAUGGAUCUCAUUAUUCAAACAGUGGGACUGUCUUGCACUUCUUGGUUAGAAUGCCACCAUUUACCAAGAUGUUUCUGGCGUACCAAGAUCAAAGUUUUGAUAUCCCAGACCGAACCUUUCAUUCCAUGAAUACUACUUGGCGCCUAUCCUCUUUCGAAUCCAUGACAGAUGUGAAAGAGCUGAUUCCAGAGUUCUUCUACCUUCCAGAGUUCUUGGUCAAUAGAGAAGGUUUUGACUUUGGAUUGCGUCAGAAUGGAGAAAGAGUAAAUCACGUAAACCUUCCUCCGUGGGCUCGCAAUGACCCUCGUUUGUUCAUCUUGAUUCACCGCCAAGCCUUGGAAUCGGAUCAGGUUUCGCAAACCCUUUGCAAUUGGAUUGACUUGGUGUUUGGAAACAAGCAAAAAGGCAAAACUGCAGUACACGCUAUUAAUGUCUUUCACCCUGCAACAUACUUUGGCAUGGAUGUAUCUGCAGUUGAGGACCCAGUGCAGAGACGGGCCUUGGAAACCAUGAUCAAGACAUACGGUCAGACACCUCGCCAGCUCUUCACUACUACCCAUCCGAGCAAGCACAGCUCAAGACUGACCAUGGAUGGAGAGUUGCCUGCAGCUAUGGGUCUUCUGGUCCAGUUUGCUUUCAGGGACAGCAGAGACCAAACCAAAGAAGCAAUCUACCCGAGCCCUUUGCCAUGGAUCAAGGGACUGAAAUGGGGUGAAUAUGUAGGUUCCCCAAGUGCACCAGAUCCUGUGGUUUGCUUCAGUCAACCUCACGGAGAAAGGUUUGGAUCGUUGCUCGCACUGCCAACCAGAGCCAUCUGUGGGCUGUCUCAAAAAUUUUGCCUCAUGAUGCUGUACAGCAAAGAGCAAGGUGUUCGAAGUAUGCACAGUACAGACAUCCAGUGGUCAGCCAUUUUGAGUUGGGGUUAUGCUGAUAACAUGCUGAGGCUGAAAAGUAAACAGAGUGAACCACCAGUCAACUUCAUUCAGUGUUCUCCUUUACACCAGGUUACAAGUUGUGCCUGGGUGCCUGACAGUUGUCAGCUCUUUACUGGCAGCAAAUGUGGAGUAGUCACUGCUUACUCAAAUAGAUUCAUCAGCAGUAUGCCUUCAGAAAUUGAAGUUGAAUCGCAAGUCUACUUGUAUGGUCACACUGAAGAAGUAACCAGCCUUUAUGUCUGCAAACCAUACAGCAUAUUAAUCAGUGUAAGCAAGGAUGGGACCUGCAUUAUAUGGGAUUUGAACAGACUGUGUUAUGUUCAGAGUUUAACUGGACAUAAAAGUCCAGUAACAGCAGUUUCUACAAGCGAGACAACUGGUGAUAUUGCAACUGUUUGCGAUUCAGUUGGUGGUGGCAGUGACCUGAGGUUGUGGACUGUGAAUGGAGAUCUCAGUGGCCAUGUGCACUGUCGAGAAAUAAUCUGCUCAGUGUCUUUCUCCAACCAACCAGAAGGAGUGUCUGUGAACGUGAUUGCUGGAGGACUAGAAAAUGGUGUCGUAAGACUGUGGAGUACAUGGGACCUGAAGCCUGUUCGAGAAAUUACCUUCUCAAAGUCAAACCGACCUAUUGUAAGCCUCACAUUCUCUUGUGAUGGUCAUCAUCUAUAUACAGCGAACAGUGAUGGGACUGUGAUAGCCUGGUGUCGUAAGGACCAACAGCGGAUGAAGCUGCCUAUGUUUUACUCCUUCCUAAGCAAUUACGCUGCUGGUUAAAGACUAACAUUUGGAUUCGGACCAGUCACUGUGCAUGUACACAAGCCUCCACUGCACUUAGGGGAUACGUGCAGAAGAUGGGCAACACCCCCAGAAUGAAAUGUCGCCCUCUAAAUAUAGAUCCUCUACAAACCAAUGCCUGUAUUGCAUUAGCCAGCUUUCCCCAGUUUGCAGAGCAAAAUGAAAGAUUGCAACAUAUCGGAUCAGCAGUUUUCAUCAUUGCAGUGGGCUGCAAGUGUGCAUUUAAAAUAUUCCUGUUAACAGGAAUCAUUACUUUGUUGCAUAUGCAGUUUAUAGUUCUUCAAAUUCAGCUUAGUUAUUCAGCAAAGUAAAACUCAUUUAUACAGAUACUAAUUAUAAUGUAAAUUAUGCAAAUUUGUGACUCUUCAGAGUGCAAUAUUUUCUAUUCCAAAAUGACAUUGAGGUAUGCAAUAUAAUGAACAGAAGACCACAAGGUCCAUGAGCUACAGGAAUGAAGGAACCAAUUACUUAACGAAGCAUGGAAGAGCAAUGAGGAAGCACCUUAAAUGAUAUUUGUGCACACAGUAUCUUAUCUUUGACUGCCUUGAAUGUUUACACUUCAUCUUUGCAAGUGCUGCCAUCUCAUACAUUUCUUCAAAAUGUAUUCUGUCUUCGUACUAUUUUGAUGAAGAUAAUUUCAUGCCGAUUACCUUUAUUGCAAGUUAUUGAGCAGACCUCAAAAUUCAAGUUGAGUAUUGAAGUGGUCUGUGUUUAUUAGGUUGCAUGAAAGAAUAUUGUAUCGUCUUAAAGUGAGCAGGGAGUGAGAGUUUUCCAAUAAAAAAUUAUGUUGAUUAAAAUGAUAAUGUUAAUUAGGUUUUUCAGAAUCAUCCAGUUAACCUACAAGUAUGGGGUUACCUGAAUAAUUCUUUAUUCAAAUAAAGGGCAAAUGUUUUCACCUUUAAGAUUACAAGUGUUUGUUCUUCCUCUGAAUAUGGCCUUAAAGGCACUGUUCUUAACUCUUAUUUAACUGGUAAAAAACGUGCAUUUGCAAGUGAUUGAUCACUCCUCUGGAAAAACUAGUUUUGUUAAUUUCUUUGGUAUAUAAAUACUUAGCCUAACAUGUGAUUUAAAUCAAUUUAAAAAGUCACAAAACCAGUGUUGUUUCCUCAGAAUUUGAGUAAACAAUUGUCUUUUGUACUCGCGUAUCUGUAAAACAAAGUGUGUGUGAUGACUAUUUGAACAUUAAAUUAAUUAUAACCUGUGAAA